GUCAUGAUAGAAUCCAUCAUCAACAAAAGACGAUUUAACAUUCAUCCCUAAAAUAGCAUCUACAAAUAUCGAAUUAUUCCAUCUUUCGAACGUUUCAUCUUUUUUGAGUCUCGAACGUUUUUGUCUCGCAUGAGUGGCGCAGUCUAUCUGGGACGCUGUGCUGAUAAUUUUGGGCACACUUCCCCCCAACCUGCCAUCUCCAACCACGACAUUUCGUGACCAAAUGGCCAUUACAAUAGAUGCCAUUUACAUUUAUCCCAUCAAAAGCUGUAGAGGAAUAGCUGUCCAGUCAGCUGCUAUCAGUCAAUAUGGCUUGGAACUUGAUCGCUUUUGGGUUCUAUCAGACUUGGAGGGUAAUCAAGUAACUCAAAGAAAACAUCCCCGCCUGGCUCUCGUAUCCCCUCGCAUCAAGUUAAACACUUUAUCAGAACAACAUGAUAUCCCCGUCAACGCUUACCAUCUUGGUGGUCAGUUGAUUGUAUCAGCACCAGGCAUGGAAAAGGACCUUGUUAUCGAGUUCAAGAAUCAAAGUUGUGCAUCAAUGCGGCGACAGGUUCAAGUGUGGGCAAGUUUGGUGGACGGGUUGGAUGAAGGGGACGAAGCCGCCGAGUGGUUUUCCAAGUAUUUGGAAAUGGAUGUUAGGUUGUUGGUCAAGGACGUCUCAUGCAUCCGAUCAUUGGACAAACGACAUGUCCCUGCACGCAAACUCUUUAGCCACGAACCACAAACAGCCUUUUCAGACGGAUUCCCCUUCCUCAUCACGAAUACCGCUUCGUUAGCCGAUCUUAACACACGCCUCGCUACCAAAGACAUUUCCCCAGUCUCCAUGGAGAACUUUCGUCCCAACAUUGUCAUCACAUCACCUUCCCUCGCCCCGUACACUGAAGAAACCUUUGUCAAACUUUCCGUUAAUGGAGCAAACAUGCUUUAUAUUGCGUCCCGGUGUACCCGGUGCACUCUCCCAAACAACAAUCCCGUAACCGGUAUCCCCCACGUUCGUGAACCACUAGCGACACUCAUGCAGUACAGAAGGAGUGAUCCUGGAGCACAAUUCAAAGCAUGUUUUGGUAUGAAUGCCAUUCAAGCGACAACAGGGUGGACUCUACGGACGGGUGAUGUUGUGACGGUGGUUGAACAGGGUGUACAUGACCAACGAGGUGUAUGGUUAGGAAACGAGACCAUCUCCCUUGUUGGCAAAGAAGAGUGCAAGCAAUUGGUGCGAGCUGAUGAUCGGUGGUGGAGAUUUUAUAAUGCAUUGAUGUCGUGGUGGACCUUGUCGAUUGCCCCUGUAAUUUGGAGCUGGUGGCCCUUGUGAUGCAGCAUGUAAGAGGCAAUAUAGAUGUAGAUGUUGUGAUGGUAGAAAUAUAUCACAUUGACAGAAACGCUGUGAACGUAAAUAAAUGAGUUCUGAGAAGGUGAUGUACAAGUGUACUAGACAGCUUAUUUCUUGGAAGUCUAGUACAGAC